CAAUAAUGAAUAUCCAACAACUACUCAAACAAACAAACGUUUGAGGCCAGAGAUGAAUUCAGACUUCGGUGCAAAGAAAUCUAGAUCAGGUUGAGUGUUUGCCCAUCUUAGUGCUCGAGAUAAAAAGUUGUUAUAUGCAUAGUUGGUUCUAUGGAUAGGAACAUAGAAUGUUUGAUUUAAUCGAGUUCUGCGGAGAGGUACAUGGAGACCAACCUGCUCAAGUAGCUGAGGACACAAAACUGUUGAAUUAAUUAUGCCAUAGAGCAUCCUUGCAUCCUUAAUUACUCGUCGGUCACGCAAUGAGAGAAUACCCAAUUGGGUUUCAAUUUGAUAAUAAUUUAACUGAUUUAACUCAAAAGGUAUACCCAGUUUAUAUGCUAUGUACCUUAUGAACUUGUGUUGGACUGUCUCGAUUUUUGUUAUGUAAAUAUUGUAAGAUGGAGACCAAACACAAGAACAAUACUCUAGAUGAGGUCUAACUAAAGAACAAUAUAGUAAUUUAAUUGCAUCAAUAUUCUGAAAGUCUCUAGUGCAUCUUUUUAUAAAACCAAGCAUUUGUAAAGAUUUGGAAAUUUUUGAUGUAUAAUGUGAUUCAAAUAAAAGUUUACAGUCUAAAUUAAUUCCCAAAUCACGAAUUUCAGUAACCCAGUCAACAGGAAUAUUCUGUAUAUUAUAAUUAUAUUCUAUUGGGUCUCUCGAUCGUCCAAAAGAAAUAGCAUGACACUUAGAUUCAUGCGGAUAUAUUCUAUAUAUCCGCAUAUAUAUUCUAUAUAUGCGGAUAUAUUCUCAAAAUUUGAUGAUCUACAAAAUCAAGAUUUUUUUAAAUGGCACAAAAAUUGUUACAAAUCCUAUACGAGCUCAAAGAACAUUGCCUCGUACAAGUAAAAAAAUACUAAACUGACGUUUCGUAGAGAAGAUAUUUUUCAAAAACAGCCCUUGCGAUCACCUUUUAAUUCACAAAAGUGCAUCUUUUGUCAGAAGCGCUCACCGAAACAAAAACUAUGCCAAGUUAUGACUAAUAAUAUACAAGAAAAAAUAAGAGCUAUAUCACGAAGCAACCCUGUGUUCUUUGCGAGAACUAGAGACGACUUAAUUGCCUCGGAUAAUGCCGCUUGCAUUUCAACUGAAUUACACAAUCUGAAUAAAAAAUCUGUUGGAAAUACUGAUAUUAACAAAACAGAAAAUGAAGCAUUUGGAAACUUUUGGAAGAAAUGGAGAAAGGGUUUUGAGAAAGGUAAAGGAUACAAUACAAAAUCGAUUGGCAAAAGGUAUCGUGAAAUUAGUGGCAUUGACGACAUGAGCGAGAAACAAAUAAUUAAAAAAAUGAAGAACUAUUUUGGGGAUGCUGUUGAAUCAGUAAGGUCUCCUAGACAAAACGAGCCAACAAUAUUUUUAAGGAAGUUCUCGAAAGAACAGGCAAUUGAAACAAUCGUGCACAACCACGACGAAUCUGACACUCUCAGUUUCAGUUUCGGUGCAUCGGAGCAACACAUUCUAGUCAAAAUCUGCCAAACUAUCCGAAGUGAGAUAAACAAGAUGUCAACUGAGCCCGACUUAAAAAAAAAGAAUGUGUGUGUACUUUGUACGCACGUAAGAAGUUAUACUUCUAUUAUAUGAUUUAAACGAAAUUAAUACACUUUUUAUUUAUAUUUUGUUUAAAUAUUAAACUAAUUUAUACUUACUACUUCUCAAACAUUUUUAUUAGAACAGUGCCAAAAAUUAAAAUAAUAAAAGAAUAAAACACACACAAACACAUUAAACAAGCCACAAAUGAUGUCUGAACAUUAAUUGUCGAAAUUUUUUUUAACUAAAUACGUAUUUUCUGAAAAUACAAUUAUAUAAUAAAUAUACUUACAAUCAUAAAAUGUAUUAAAAAAAACAAAAAAGAAAGUUUCUAUUGGGACUCGAACCAGCGCUGAUAAGAGCGGUUGGUAUUGGAAUUCAUUCGCCUUCUCCGCUUAGCCACGGUCACUAUGUGUCAUUAUUUACGAAGAUCGACUAACUAAACGGAUUAAACUUGUGAUAUUUUGAAAAUUGAUCAAAUUAUUUUAAUUUUGAAUUGAAAUAAUUUAGAAUUGAAAAAAUACAACAAAACAUAGAGUAAAAAAACAAUAUAUUAGGUGAAUAUUGAAGAAAUUUUGAUGGUAAUCAAAUUAUAUAAAUAAAAGUAUUACAUACUAUGUAUUUUGGCAGAUCAAAUAGGUAGGUUUAUACCCAUGAUACAUUAACAAUUAUUACGUACCUGUUGCUUUUAAAAACUAUUUAAAAGUCACUACAAUAUUAUAAACUUUUUUGUUUCUGUCCUCACAACAAUAAAACUAAUAUAUUAUUCAUUUGUUUACCUUUACCUCCAAACCACAGCUGCCAUAUCGGAUAAUUUUUGACAUGUCAUUUGAACAUCCAAUCAGAACAAAGUUAUAAUGCGCCUGCGCCGGGCUGAUAGGUUUUAACAUAUAAAAAAAUCACCCUCUAUCGCCGGUAAAGAAGUAUAACUUCAAAAAAUGAAUGUUAGAGACUACCCAAAGUCUAUUCCUGAAAGCUUGUAUUCUCUUGUUAACCUUAUAGUCCGAAAUUAAAGCGAUAAUGAAAAGAAGACUGAAACCCUAAGCAUUUGCCAAGACAUUAUUUUUGCCUGCUCAAAGGAAAAAAUAAAAACUCCGAAGCAUAUUGGGCUAGGACUUUUA